CCCAGCCCCCAUGGAGCUUGCUAACACCAAAGACUUCCAGUGGAAGUCCCUGGCCCCCCUCCCGAGCCCCAGGGUCUACUCCACCUUGGUGGAAGCCGGGGGCCAGGUGUUUGCCCUCGGGGGCUGCGAUGACAACGGAGUCCCCAUGGACUGCUUCGAGGUCUACUCCCCCGAGGCCGACCAAUGGACCUCGCUGCCCCCCAUGCCCACGGCCCGGGCAGGGGUGGCUGUGGUCAACUUGGGCAAGAGGAUCAUGGUGAUAGGAGGGGUUGGAGCCAAUCAGCUGCCCCUGAAGAUAGUGGAGAUGUACAACAUAGAUGAGGGCAAGUGGAAGAAGAGGAACUCGCUGAGGGAGGCAGCCAUGGGCAUCUCGGUGACAGCAAAAGACUACAGAGUCUAUGCAGCUGGUGGGAUGGGAUCUGACCUGCGGCCACACAACUACCUGCAGCACUACGACAUGCUGAAGGACAUCUGGGUGUCCCUGGCAGCCAUGCCCACACCCAGGUAUGCUGCCACCUCCUUCCUGAGAGGCUCCAAGAUCUAUGUGCUGGGAGGAAGGCAAUCCAAGUAUGCCAUCAACGCCUUCGAGGUCUUUGACACAGAGACCAGGUCGUGGAGCAAGUUCCCCAACAUCCCCAACAAGAGAGCCUUCUCCAGCUUCGUGCCCACGGAGGACAAGCUCUUCAGCCUGGGGGGGCUGCGCCAGGGGCGGCUCUACAGGCAGCCCAAGUUCAUGAGGACCGUGGACGUGUUCGACGUGGAGCAAGGUGGCUGGAUGAAGAUGGAGCGUGGCUCCUACCUGAAGAAGCGGCGAGCAGACUUCGUGGCUGGCUACCUGAAAGGCAGAGUUGUGGUGGCUGGAGGACUAGGAAACCAGCCAACGGUCCUGGACUCUGCAGAGGCCUUCCACCCCGAGAAGAACAAGUGGGAGAGCCUCCCCCCCAUGCCCACCCCACGCUGCGCCUGCUCCAGCAUCGUGGUCCGGAACUGUCUGCUGGCCGUUGGUGGAGUGAGCCAGGGCCUGAGCAGUGCAGUGGAGGCUCUGUGCCUCUCUGAGUCCUAGCUGCCUCCUGCCUGGCCAAGGACCUGCCCCUUGCUGCCUGCAGCAGUGGUGGUGCUGCUGGGUGCCCACCGCCCAAGCUGCCCUGGGAGCCUGGCAGCUGGGCACUGCCUGAAGCCAGCCUUGCCCUGGGGCCAGGGCUGCUGCUCCUCUCCCUCCUGGGUGCUGCCGUUCCAGCUGCACAGAGGGAAGGAGCACGCUGGCCAGUGGUCCUCUGCAGCUGUCUUGGGAGCUCUGCAGGGAAGGCCAUGUGAAGGAGCUGCCUGCAGUGCUGGUGGUGUGCCUCCUGCCAGCAGCAAGGACUCUGGGCAUCAGGGUGUGGGCAGGUGGCUGCCUGUGGCCAUCCUGACCCUCUAGCGAAGGGUUUGGAGGCGCUGGGAGCAUCCAGCCAG